CCGGCUUAUGGGAUCCUGUUCAACUUCCUGUUCAAGGCAGGAUGUUGACCCAAUAGUCGCCAAAUUAAACUGACGUUCUGAAAUAUAGUGUAUCUACUUGUAAUCGCUGUUGAAACAAUUUAUACUCAUAAUCUGAUUAAUUAAAUGUGAAUAUAAACUGUACUGUAAUUAUUAUUGUGCAGUUAUCAAAAAUACAUUUGUUCUUAGUAGAGAACUUUUAACAAAUUCCUACGCAUAGCCUGGUUCCCUGUCCCUGUUUUGCUUCGUUUACUCUGCGUCACUGCCUCGGCAAUGGUGAGACAGGGUACCAGGCUAAAUUUUCCACUCAUUCGGCAAACCUAAUCAGCCGAGGAGUCCCUAAUGAUGCAGGUGUUAGGCCUACACAGUGCCCACCCUAGACAUCGCCAGAUUUCGUUUCUGGAGAUAAACAAAGAAGACGCCAUAUUACACAAGGUAUUAGGUAUACGCGAUUGCGGUAUGGCGUUCUCCAUGGUCAAAUUAUACAGCUGGUACAACGAAACUUAUGCGGAAAUCGGAGACUGCCGUACAAUCUGACCACGUUUCAAAGAUUGUGUAUGACAAAGAUGCGCAGUUAAUAAGGGGAAUUGUGCAAGCCUCCAUGCGAGACCGGAGCUACAGGUUACUGUACAAAAAUGUCAGCAAAACUGAUGUACGCCAGAGUUGGAUUAAGCAUCCAGAGUGCGCCACCUCGUCAAACUAAGACGAUGGAAGAACUUUUUCCUGCACCUGACAGGUUUAUAAAUUACAGCAAUGCAUUGGAUACUAUCCUCCGAGCCGCCUGUGCCCACACUUGCAGUGCCUCUAGUUGAAGACCUCAUCUCUAGCCAGGAAUUUAUUUCUGCAGAGAAUCCAAUCGCUUGGAUGAAGCAAAAAUUAAUGAUAAAUGAGCAAGAAAUCCAACAGAUUGCCUGUCUUACCACUGGUCAAAAGGAAAAUUGCAUGUGGUCAUCUGUUAGGAAGAAUAGAUCAACAGCUUCAAACUUUGGUUGUGUUUUGGCAGCGAUCAAGAGAAAUAGAUAUCCUGUCUCCUUAUACAAAAGAUUAUGCUCAGCUUAUGAUCUGUCAAAGAAGGAUGCCAUUAUUUGGGGGACGUGCAAUGAAAAAGUCGCAAUUGAAAAGUAUAGAACUUUUGGGGAUGCAGUUGUAGAGCCAACAGGUAUCUGGCUACACUGUAAUGGGGUUCUUGGGUCAAGCCCCGAUGGACUCAUUCGUCGUCCUGCUGCAUUCGGAUUCAGCUAUCAGAAUCCAGGACUCGCUGACAUAUUAGAGAUGUCAAACGUUAAGCCAGAAAUACUGGAGGUGAAAUGCCCCUUUUCAGCAAAGAAUAUGACAAUUCCAGAAGCUAUUGAAAAAGUACACGAUUUCUGCCUAGGUAAUAAUAGUGUAGGUUCAGGAUUUUAAUGGAGUCAAGUCCUUCAAGCUAUGAGAGAACCACCAAUACUAUGAUCAAGUGCAAGGACAGCUUCAUAUAAUUGGGAAAUCCUUGUGUGAUUUUAUGGUCUGGACACCAAAAGACUGUGCGAUUGUGAGAAUUAACAAAGACAUCAAUUGGGAGAUCAACAUAUCUGUUUUGACAGACUUUUAUUUCUGUAAAUUUCUCCCGUAUUUACAACAGCUAUAAGAUAUAACAUUAAACAUGGUGAAAAAAUUUUAAUUUUAAUAUCUUAGUUAUCUACACUUGCAAAAUUCUGAGCAAUUUCCUGCAUAAGGGGAUCCUGAAAAUUGACUAAAACACAGCAUAAUUGAAAGACUUUUGUAGAAAUAUAUCUAAAUUGCUGCGGAACAUGCCUUGAAAUUUCAUAAUUCUUAAUACGCUCAUUUGCUCUUUCAACAUGUAUGCGUGACUUAGCAAUUCUUCGACAUAGUUGGACCUCACUGGAAAGGGAGGAAUAUUUAGAUGUACUCCUUGGGGGCAACAACUUGUGAAUAGUGAACCCUUUGUCUGCUAAGAUCAUAUCACCUGGAGAUAACUGUUCUAAGACUUUACAAUGUUCUACAAUUGCAACAUCAGAUGUGCUGCCAGGGUGCAAUUUAGUAAUAAAUACCAAAGCACCAUUAGGUGCAACACCUGUAACACUUUUAACAGUGUGAGAAUUUUUGUAUCCGCUGUAUGUGCUGGCCUGCAAUCUCAUAUCAUUCCCUGGAACAUCCUGGGUGAUUUCUGUUGCAUCAAGUACUAUCUACAUGAACUAAAAUCCCCAAAACUUGUAGGCAUAGACCCUUGCACAUUCGUCAUGAAAUUUUGUGGAUGUAAUGAUUAGGUUCUUUAAUUGUGCUCAUUGGAUUUAAAAAUUCGAAGCUUUUAUUAGUUUCCAUGGAAAGGGGGGAAAAGUCAAAAUUCUUGAACUUCGAUUUUUAAAUCAAAGUACUGAAAGUACAGAUAGGUUUGAUGGUUGUCCAAGUUUGAGUUCUAGAAAAAUGUCCAUCCAAUUGAGCUAAAACCUUUUUAAGGCUAAUAGGCAUGUUGUGUAGAUGUAUGGAACAAAGGUCAUUUUGUGUGCAUACGCAUUUACGUGCGGAUGCGUGCAACAUUAAAUGACUUGUAUACUGAAUAUUGCUUUAACUUUUACACUUUUUUGAUGAAAUGCUCAUUUCAUAAGGAUAUUAUAUAAGGAUAUAUUAAUAGUGUAGAUAAUACGACAUUGUCAGAUUAGCACGAAAUGAUGUGCAUGCACGUGCACUUUGCUCUGAUUGGCUGAAACAAAAAUUUUAAUAUCUCUUUCUUUUUUGAUGAAAUACAUUGAAAUUUUAAAUAAGUCAUGCAUUACGACAAGUGAUGCA